UUCUCAUUUCCAAACCAUGUCGAGUGAUUCCUUCCCUUCGUUCUUCUAAACUUCUAAGCCUGAACAGGCGCGUGUAUUACUUCUACUUCACGCUCGUUUUCUUCUUCUUCUAAACCCUAAUUCUGAGGGUUUUGCUGAUACAUACCAAUCUAUAAUUACUGUCAUAAAUGAAAUUGGGGGAUUCGUUACUUUCGUAGACAAUCUCAACAGGGCCAGUAGGAAGAUGGGUCAGGCAUUUCGUCGAGCAUCUGGAAGAUUCCGUACAACUUCGACCACUGAUGCGACGUCGUCUUGGUCCACUCCCAAGAACGUUGUUGAUAGAAAGCCUCCCACUGUUACAACCACCAUCAACGAAGAGAUCCCCAAAACCGCCCAGCUUGGGGCUGCCCCCGAUUCUGAAGAUGUAAAUUUGGGAAGAAAUGUUGAUAAUGUACUUGAAGAACGAGACCCGAAAUUCGAUGCCAUGCUUGGUCAGAUGGUGGGUAGAAUCAAAACUAAGCCUGGGGGAAAACUGGAAAUGGGUGAGGCAUUUGUGGUAGAACAGUAUAAGAGACCGCUGCCAAAACUACGAAACACAAAACCAGAUUACAGCUCUAUUGAAGAUGCUCAGACUCCUUCUGGAACCCUAAAUGUUGCUCAGCUUCGCCACAUUGUUCUUCUGCAUGAAGGUAAGGCUGCUGAUCAAAACGGUCCAAUGAACGCACAACAAAUUGCCGAAAAAUUUCGUGUUGAUGUUGCGGAAGUUCAUAAGAUCUUGCAGUUCAUAUCACUGCCUCCAGAAGAGGAGAAAAAGAAAGACGGGAACAAAUUUUGAUUACUUGCUGGCUUUGUCUCACUCUUCUGCCAAAACUAACACAUUUGAUAAAUAAAGAUGGCUUGUAAGGCGCUGGAUUUUUUCUUUUCUUACUAAAAUUUCUUUGAUAUCUUAUUCAAAUUGAUUAUAGAGAAAUACUAUACAACGGAUAUCUGUCUUCUAUUUUGUUAAACAUGUAGAAAUUCUUUUGUUCUGAGUUAUAUCAGUUAUUCAAGUUAUCAAUCAAACUUCUGUUGACCAA